UGAAUAGAUAGAUAGAUUGAUAGUCACAGUCAUAGAAGAUAAAACCCUUCCCUCUUUCUCGCUUUUUAGGGUUUCUUAACAUGCCACCCGCGAAACGCAAGGCGGAGGAGGCCACGGCAGCGCCGGGGAGGGUCACUCGGUCGACGACGAAGCGCUCCGCCGCGAGCUCAGGGUCUCAGCCUGUUGCGGAGUUGCCGGAAGAGAAGAAGAAGACGAAGAAGGCGAAGGGUAAGCAGGUAAAGUGGAAAGAAGAAGAAGAAGAAGAAGGUGCUCCGGCUGAGAGUGAUAAAGUGGACGGUGAUUCCUCUGAGAACGUUCUAGAUGCUUCUAACAAGACUAUCGUCGUUGAGCAUUGUAAGCAAUGCAAUUCAUUCAAGACUAGAGCCAAUCUGGUGAAAGAAGGACUAGAGAAGAGCACUGGUGGAAUCACUGUGAUAGUGAACCCUGAAAAGCCAAGGAGAGGUUGCUUUGAAAUACGGCAACAAGGGGGCAAGAAGUUCAUUAGCCUCUUGGACAUGAAGCGUCCGUUUAAACCAAUGAAGAAUCUAGACAUGGACAAGGUCAUCUCGGAUAUCAUAGACGAGAUAUCAAGCACUAGUUGACUUUAGUUGUUCGCAAGUGUUUUUUUUGGCAUCACUUGAAGUGAAGCUAGAUAAAUUGUUGUAAUGGUAGAAAUCCUACAAUGAAACCUGUUUAUAAUAUAUUAACCUGUUGUAUUUGUGGUUAGUUUGAGAUGACAUGAUUUGAGAGUUGAGACAGUCAUUUUGGAUAUGUUAACUGUCUCGGAUGAGAACUAAUACAUUUGGUUUUGUAUUCAAUCAAAUUCCAAGAUAUUUGUCAUCAGUUUAUGUAUCAAGAAUGAUAAUGUUUGUAUGAAUUUUU